GCCUCUUCAGAGGAUCAAUGGUUUUGAUCUGGAUGUCAGUUCUGUUAAUCUUGGAGGUCAUAAGCGCAUCAUCAUCAGUCUACAUUCAUUAUGUCUCACUGGACACCUUGGAUACUCAGAAAGAACGUGUAGGACUGAUCUGUGUGACGGCAUAUCUGUACAUUUUGUCUGGGAUGAUAUUGUUUAAAGCACUGUUUCAUGUCUAUGGACGCUUCACCAGAAGACCACAUUCUAACAGGACACAGCAAUCAGUGGAGUUGAAUUCUACAGUCACAGAGGCACAGCAAACAUCAGGUCAUGCCAUUGUGUACAUGCUGGGGGCAGUGGGUCUCAGUUUUGUGAAUUCCAUUGCACUGGCAGUAGAACUGAUUCUGAAAGCACGAAAUGGUGAGCGUACAGUGGAAGACCUGCGAGUUAUUCUCAUACCCUCUGAAAGUGUCUUUGCUAUAGGCUGUCUUAUGCUACAGAUAUCUGCAUUCUGGUGGACAAACAGAGAAAGGUUGAUGUAUGACCUGAAAGACUUGCGUCAGUUGUGCAGGUGUAAACAGGUGUCAGCGGACUCACCGGUACAGAAUCAUGAACUUCAGGCUCUACAGAACUCCAGAGGCUGAUUCUGCUCCUCAGGAAUUGGCGUCUUAGGAGGUAUUGAGGAAUUAUUGCUUCUUGUAUGCAGACCACGUACAUGAUGACAUGUAGGUUUGGAGCCAUCUGAGGGACACAGAUUAAUGUCUGCUCAAAGAAACUUUGUAUUUGAUACAUACAGAAAAUCCCAGCAGGCACUGGGCCAACCAAAGACACAGAAGCAAUUUCUUCUUGGACAUGAUUUCUUCUAGUGACAUGGAAGAAAAUAUGAACAGUUGCAUUCAGAGCAUUUUUGGUCUGAACUGUAAACUUUCCAUUCUGCUACCAUGCUGGUGCCACUGCUGUGUUGAGAAUCAUUCACCACCUGACCUGUGGUCAGAAACUGACCCAGUGCUCCGUGCUGUCACCAAGGGGGUAGAAAAAUAGUGCACAUGUGAAAUCUAUUUUGGUACGCUUUCUGUACGAUAAAUUUGCACAUAUUCAUCACUGUAAAAUGUAUAGUUAUUAUAUAGCAAUGUUUAAUGCAGAAACCUUUAAUUUGCUUUAUAAGAAGGCUUUGUUACAAAAAUGCUAAUUUCCACUGGUCCCCCUUUGGAAUUUGCAAGUAAUAUUGAAUGUUUACAUUUGAUGGCAGCUGUGUCUUAGCUGGUGAACUGAGGCUAGUAACAUAAAUUGACUUUGUCAAUUUGCCAGCAGCACUGCUGUGUCUGAUCCACUUGUAACAAUACAACACACCACCACCACGUCAGUG